UGACAUGAGACCUCCUGACUUCCAGUCAGCUGACCAUGAGUCCUAACCCUUGAAGACCCAGGUGUGGACCUGAUCAUUCAAACUGAGAAGGAGCCGUCUUAAGGCCAUUUGGUCUAAUUAUGUGGUGCAGACUCUGGGCCACAAAACUAGAUCUAAUGCAGAACAGGUAUGUGGUCCAUCAACAUCUGUGAACCAGGUGAUCAGGGGUUUUUUUGUGUGUGGAAAAUGAAGAACAGAAAGUCACUACAGUGAGUUCCACAGCCGAAUGUUUCUGUGCUCGGAGGCUUCAGGACGUGGAGGAAGUCAGUUCAGAGGCAGAAACAGAAGAAUUGUGAGGAGUUUCACUUCAUGAUGACAGGCCGUGUGGGAAUGCAACUCUACACCUCCCUGCUCCUCCUCUGUAGCAGGAGCUCCACCCACUGGAGCAGGGAUUGUCUGAGAUCUGAAGGUGGGUGGAGUCCAUCUGGACUGAAACUCUCUGAGGCCCCUGCUGCAUCAUCAGCUGGGGUGUGGCCUCCGAACUGAUCCAGGAACUGGCAGAAGCUGCAGAGCCAGUUGUUGAGUGGAAGACCAGCAGGAGACAUGGCCGACACUGAGGGAGCAGCUCCUUCAGCAGCAGCAGGAGGUCCGAGCCCUGAGUCCACCACAGAACCACAGACACAGCUGUGCUCCAUCUGCUCAGGUGAGUCCAGCCCAGACCAGCUGGCCUCCUGUGGUCACCUGGUCUGCAGCUCCUGCCUCCAGGACAAGACUCAAGUCUGCCCUGAGUGUCAGCAGAGUCAGGACCAACCUCAGCCUGAGGAGAAUGGACCAGAAAGUCCAGCUCCAGCAGCCAACGGGAACCAGGACCCUGAAGAGAAGAAGGAUGAGGAGAUGAAGACGGAGGUGGUGGAGGAGGAACCCCUGGGUCCAGAUGAUGUGGUGUGUGACUCCUGUAUCGAGAACCCCCGCAGGGCCCUCAAGUCCUGCCUCGUCUGCCUGGUGUCCUACUGCGAGGCCCACCUGAGGCCACACCUGGAGAACCCUAAGUUCCAGACCCACCGUCUGGUGGAGCCUCUGAGGGACAUCGAGAGGAGGACCUGCGAGAGCCACAAGUGGCCCCUGGAGAUCUUCUGCUGCGCCGACGACUGCUGUAUCUGCCAGGACUGUGUGAGCGAGGACCACGCAGGUCACAAGACCAUCCUGGUGCUGGAAGCCCGGAGUAAGAUCGAGGGGGAGCUGAAGGACAAGCAGAAGGAGAUGGUGAAGACGGUGACGGCCGCUGAGAAUGCCAUCAACAAACUGCAGCUCAACACCGUCUCCAUAGAGCAAUCGGUGACGGAGGUACGGGCUGUGAUCGAGUCCCAGUUCCAGCAGCUCCAGGCCAUGGUGGAGCGGGCCCAGAGGGAGGUGACGGAGAUCCUGGAGGCUGAGGAGAAGCAGGCCCUGCGGCAGGCCGAGGGAAUCCGGGUCCACCUGGAGCAGAGGUGCACAGAGCUGAAGAAGACCCAGGCCCAGGUGGAGAAGAUCUCCAGGAACAAGAACGACGUGGAUUUCUUGCAGGAAUACUCCGAGUGGAAAAAAGAAUCCACAGAUAUUUCCCUGCCUGGAGUUUACAUCGGCCUGAUGGACUGUCUGAAUUCCUUCAGCCGCGUCAUCGUGGACUCAACGCAGGAGCUCUGCUCCACCAUCGAGUCGUCAUACAUCGAAAAAGUCAAAGAGACCUGCAAGAAUGAAAAAAUGGGAAUAAAAACUACAGUUCAGGCCAUCGUCGCUGCCAAAGAGAACAUGUCAAUACCACAGCCAAAGACACACACCGACUUCCUCAAGUAUGGCGCCCAGAUGAGUUUUGACGCAGACACAGCUCACAAAUUCCUGCGUCUGACUGAGGAAAACAGAAAGGUGACAAACACCACACCUUGGCAGCAUCCGUAUCCAGACGUACCAGAGAGAUUCGAGAACUGGCGUCAAGUUCUGGCGUCCGACAGCCUCUACCUGGGUCGCCACUAUUUUGAGGCAGACAUCAGUGGUGAGGGGACCCAUGUGGGCAUAACCUACAAGAGCAUCGAUCGUAAAGGCAGCGAGAGCAACAGCUGCAUCACAGGAAACAACUUCUCCUGGUGCCUGCAGUGGAACGGACGAACCUUCUCCGCCUGGCACAGCGGCGUCGAGACGCCACUCAGUGCUGAGAAGUUCUCACGAAUCGGUGUAUACGUGGACUACACAGGAGGCCUGCUGGCCUUCUAUGGUGUGAAUGAUGAGGUCACGCUCAUCCAUGAGUACCAGGCCGAGUUCCUGGAGCCUCUGUACCCGGCCUUCUGGCUCUCCAAGAAAGAGAACGUUGUGGCCCUGGUGGCACCGGGAGAACCUUUACGUCUGAAGAGCCCCUCACCUCCGACCUCACCGGCCAACGGAACAGUGAUUCCAUGAAACGGCACCAAAAAGUCUGUUUGUUGUAUGAUCUGUGUCAUAUAAAAUAUAAGAGACGGGUGUGCAUGAAAACAAAGAACAAAUCACCAUGGUAACGGUGUUUACUUUUCUUUAACCAGUGUCACUGUUUAAAUGUUGUUGGUGGGAACUCAAGCUGUUACUGUACUCUUCAUCAGACUGUGAAUUAUUUUCUUAAUAAAAUAUAAUAAACUUGACUCUUUUUCCCAAA